GAGAGGCGUGUGAGCGCAGCGCGGCGGUUUGUGGCACCACAUGGACACUAGUUUUUGUCAUGUGGUUUGUGGGAAAACCCGUAUUGGAUCUCUGUGGUCACCUGGGCAAAGAACCUGAAAAAAGUGCCGAGAAGGAGCUGAUUGUCAGCGUGUGUCUGGAGAUGAAUGAUGCACAGUUAAGCCGGAUUGUCUGGAAUAUAAAUAAAUAUAAGACUAUGUCAAAAACUGGAGGUAAACACACCAUGCGUGUACAAGUUUAUAUGCAGAAAUAAACCGAGAUAAUCCGUUUCUAUCCACCAAACUCUUCACUUCCGAUGAGUCACGUGAAUGCCACAUUACAGUAUGUAAAGUUUCAAGAAGACAAGGCAGCAGCAAUGGUGAAAAACACUCAUUUCGUCGCAGAAUAAAAACGUACAAACUAGUCCACUCCAUAUCUUAUCGGGCGCAUGUCGCAGCCCGCAGCUUUGCGCGGAUAAACAGCAGCUGUGCGCCGCGGAGCAACAAAAAGGAAACCAAAGGGCAAAAAGAUUCCCGACGCACUGUUUCAAAAGGAAAUAAUCUUCCACCCGCACAUCCAGCAGCGAGUCGAGAAGACUUUAACGAUUUUAAAACCCGGAGCCAGAGCACAACAGCCGGUCUGAAGCUGUGUGAAAACCCGGACUGCUUUUUUUUUUGUUUUCCGCACAGACGCAGACAGAUCCGUCCUGCUCCGCAACGGCCUCCAUUUUAGCUCCUUGCCCGGUCGGUACCUCACGUGUCCUGGACUGUCUUUCUCACAUGACCCGUGUGUUUGUCCCCGUGAUCAGCGCUUCCAUCUCCGUAAAUCAGUGUCGUUGAAUAUCGGCGUUUUACACCCGCAAAACCUUCAUGGAUAUGCUGGAGCAGAGUCUGGACAGCUCGGCGAGUCACGACAAACAGGAAUCAGAGGAGGUGGUGCAGUUACAGGAAGGAGAAGCGGUGGGGACGGAGGAGCAGACUGCAGUGACCAUCACCGGUGUCCCGCAGGCUGCGUUCGCUGACCACAAUGUGCAGUACCAGUUUCGUACAGAGAAUAGUGGAGGGCAGGUGACCUAUCGAGUGGUUCAGGUGACAGACGAUCAAUUAGAAGCCACAGCUGACGGGACUGGAGCUGUAAGCGUCGUCUCCACCGCAGCAUUUGCAGGAGCCUCUCAGGCUGUGGCACAGGCUGUCAUCCAGAACCCCUUCAGUAACGGGGGCAGUCCUGGCGGGGAGACGGUGGGCGGAGAGACACGUUUUGCUUACUUUCCCGCCGCCACAGUCAGCGAUGGAACAGCCACGGCCGUGUCGGUGCAGGCCACCGCCGACCCAACGAUCACACAGGCAGGAGGUCAGUUCUACGUGAUGAUGAGCCCCCCGGAGGUGCUGCAGACGACGACCCCUCGCACCAUCGCACCGCGAACGCACACCUACACUGCAGACCUCGGUGAAAGCGAGAUGUUGCAGCAUGGCAGUACAAACUGGAAGGUGGAAGGUCCACGAGCGCCCAGAGAUGAGAGGCGAAGAGCACAGCACAACGAAGUGGAGAGAAGAAGAAGAGACAAGAUUAACAACUGGAUUGUCACGCUGUCAAAAAUCAUCCCUGACUGCAGCGUAGACAGCAGAACUGGAGCGAGUAAAGGAGGCAUCCUGUCCAAAGCUUGUGACUACAUCCGAGAGCUGCGUCAGAAUAACCAGCGACUGCAGGAGAGUUACAAAGAGGUGGAGAGAGUCGAGAUGGACAACGAGCUGCUUAGACAACAGAUCGAGGAGCUGAAGAAUGAUAAUGCACUGCUUCGAGCACAGCUACAACAGCACGGCGUAGAAGUCAACGGAGAUGCAACACCGCAGUGAUUGUGGACUGGACACGUGUAACGACACAAACACAAUGUCGCAUCCUCCUACCCACCUGAACAAUACCAGGAAAGGAAUAACAAUGAAAGACGAUUUCCAUCUGAAAUUUUAUCACAGAAAACACGCACAGGGCUCGAGAAGAACACUGAAGGACUGCAGACAGAAAACGCCUCUUCCACCUCCAGCAGUUCAAAGGAUGAAUGCUCUGAAAUCCGUUAACUGUGUAGCUAACUGAACCUCUCACCUCUGCUUCAAGGAAAAUGACCUCUGCACAGCACCACCACGCUUGCACCACUUACUUUAAAUUAUGAACCUGCCACAGAAAAUUUACUUUUAUUGAUUGAUCACCUUUUUAUUGUACCACAAACUCCUCUUUCUUCCUCUUUUGUUGACAUUUGCUGUGUUUGAAACUACUAAAUGUGACAUGAAUGAUAGCUCCCAUUUACCUUUUUUAUUUAUCCGUCUUUAAAGAAUGUGCACAUAGAAAGAAAAAGCUGGUUUCUGCAUUUACUCUUACCCCAGCAACAAACAACCUGCAAAUCAGACAAGUUUGUCAUGAUCAUCACUGUCUCUAAGGAUAGUUUUACUGUCACUGGAUCAUAUGUAUAUAUAGUUGAUCUGUGUGCAGUUUUCUGCCUCUUAACACUGACACUCCAAGCACCAGGCAGAGCUCACAAACUUUAUAAACAUAGCCCAAUGUCAGUAAAUUCAAAAACUAUACUACUUUUCUGACAGUCAAUAUGUAUGCAGACAUGGAGGUUUUUACUUUUAGUCCAAGGCCUUAAUAGAAGCCUGUUGGAGAAUCUAGGUGUUAACAUAGCUCAGGUAAUUGGGAUAGUGCACUGGCAAGUGGUUCCCAGAUUCAAUGAAGUCUUUACAUAUAGUGUUUAGGUCUCUUUCGUGUCCCCAUUAGGUGCAAUGUACAGAUAAAUGAGAAUAUGGAGAUGAUUUUCAACGUGUGAAUCAUUUUUAAUGGGCAUUAAAAUAUGGUAUGUUUGUAUAUCUGUUUAAUAGGUUAUUGGUGUAAUGCACUGAAAUAGAGUGUCAUGUGAGGUCUUGGUUUGAGACCGGCCUCUGUUUUGCCCACCAGUCCUGCUGCAUUUUAAUGGACACACAAGGUGGAUUUUUUUUUGGCAAUACUCCCUAUUUCUUUAUAACCCUGGGAACCAUUGCUGCUGACAGAAGACCAUAAAACAGCUAUGGUCAGGAAUGUGCUAUGGGUAGGUUGGAUGUGAGUGAUAAUUGUAACUAACCAGCUUUUACUGAGAGUCUCCACAGCAUGGAAAUAUAACCACUGGCAUGACUAAUUCUGAUAUUACAAUAAAACAGAAGUGUGAGCGUUGUUUAUUACA